GGAAUAAAUGACAUCACGAGUGAAUGUGUGCCAGGUAUCUGAUUACAGAAGGUGUUCAAUUAAGUAAUCCGUAAUCAUUAAUCAACCAGUCAGUCACUGGUAUUAUUUGCCAUCCAUUCUCCGAGUGUUGCCAAGUUAUGGGUGCGUUCUGCCAGCGUCCCAGCCGUGGGAAGGCUUCUGGCUGCCAGCGGCGAACCUCUCCCUUGGAGAGUAUUCCCCCUCUCUCUGAGAAGCUGAAAUGCGACCUGGUCUCUUUAAGGGCCAGGCGCUGGAAUCCAGGCGGCGCGCCAGGGCUGGACUAGCAGUCGCCCGCGUCGACUCGCGCAGGAAGGAAGCCGAGGCCUCUGGAUCCGCUCGCCCGGCUAUGCUGCUGCGGCCACUGCAGGGCUGGGCCGCCGGGGCGCUGCGCUGCCUGGGGAAGGGGAGCGCCAGGAGCCCGGCGUCAGGCUCCAGGCCGCGGAGGGUGCACCGUGGGGCCUGGCCUCCGGAUAGAGAACAGGAAAAAGAGAAAAAAUCAGUGAUCUGUGUCGAGGGCAAUAUUGCAAGUGGGAAGACGACAUGCCUGGAGUUCUUCUCUAAAGCGACAGACGUUGAGGUGUUAACGGAGCCCGUGUCCAAGUGGAGAAAUGUCCGUGGCCACAAUCCUCUGGGCCUGAUGUAUCACGAUGCCUCUCGCUGGGGCCUUACGCUUCAGACGUAUGUGCAGCUCACCAUGCUGGAUAGGCAUACUCGUCCUCAGAUGUCAUCUGUACGGUUGAUGGAGAGGUCGAUUCACAGCGCAAGAUACAUUUUUGUAGAAAACCUGUAUAGAAGCGGGAAGAUGCCAGAAGUGGACUAUAUAGUUCUGUCGGAAUGGUUUGACUGGAUCUUGAGGAACAUGGACAUAUCCAUUGAUUUGAUAGUUUACCUUCGGACCAAUCCUGAGACUUGUUACCAGAGGUUAAAGAGGAGAUGCAGGGAAGAGGAGAAGGUCAUUCCACUGGAAUACCUGGAAGCAAUUCACCAUCUCCAUGAGGAGUGGCUCAUCAAAGGCAGCCUUUUCCCCGUGGCAGCCCCUGUUCUGGUGAUUGAGGCUGACCACCACAUGGAGAAGAUGUUAGAACUCUUUGAACAAAAUCGGGAUCGAAUAUUAACUCCGGAGAAUCGGAAGCAUGGCCCAUAGGAUGUGAAAGGUCUAUGGAUCAUGUCCGAAAAAUGCCCGCAGCUGCCAAGUUAGCUAUUAGGAGCGAUCUGGAAAAACUUGCUCCCAGGAGGGCUUUGUGUCUGGCCAGCUUGAUUUUCCUAAUGGUCUUGUCUCCUUUGCAAGUGUCUUGUCAUGAGCCUCUGGCCCUUGUGGGUAAAUGACAAAUGGGACCAAUGGGUUUGCCGAGCCUGCAGCCUCACAUUCGCCCCCUCUCCCAGUGGCUUUGCACUGCUGAGUCACUCGUGAAGCCUUUAGGGAGAGCACCUGUUGUGUACCUGACCUCACGCUUAAGCUGUGUACCAGUUGUCUCAACCUUCAGCAGGAGGCCGAGGUAGGAGUCUUAUAUCCUAGCUCAGAAAGGUUGAGGGGCUCCCCAGGGAUCACAUAGCCAGUGUGCAGUGAAGCCGGCGCCAUUCAGACUUUCAGCCAACUCUACAACUUUCCCUCGCCCUGUGCUCCCUCCUGAGAGCUGUUCCUUAUCACCCUGCCUCUUCCAGUGGAGGCUCUCUUAUGUUUCCGGGGAGAGCUAGCAGUGUGUGGAGCUGGUAUCAUUUUCUCAAUAUUGAGCACUUCCCAAGGACAGUCAGCAUUUCUAGACUUCCACAAAAUUGUGCUGCAUUUGGCUGGAGCCCGGUGUUCAGUGGUUUCCCUGCUGAGGCUGCAGCAGCCCUGUCUGCCAUGUCUUCAUAUGGACUUUGAGGACCUUAUUAGAUUCACGUGCUGGCUCCUGAAUGGUGCUGGGUCUCCUUGGUGGUGAAGGUCCUGCUUGAACUGCUGUCGUCUCCAUGUCAGGGAAGUCACUUUUGGUUUGUGGCUGGGUGGCCCAGAGCCAAGCUGGGGCAAGGGGUAGCUAGCCCUGGCUUCCGAGGCUCCCUUCCUGUCUUGUGUCCUUGUAUAAGGAGCUUUGCUCUUGGAGUUACUGACAGUCUGUGGCCCAAGGGAGAGACACAAGUGGACUUAAGUCUUUUUGAAAUGUUGUUUCAUCCAGAGGAAUGCCUCGAGCCAUAGAGCCUGAAAUCAUCUUUGUUGGUUCAGAAAAUACCUUAGCUUCACUCAGCUGGAACUGCAUUGAAGGCACAGCUGAUCCUUGGAUCAAACAGAAAACAAGAAAAAGAAAGAAGAUUCCCUUUGGGGACAGUCUGGAAAGUUGGUAUUUGCAAGUAAAGGCUCUGGAAGCUUUGCUGGUCCUGACUCUUUGAGGUGGGCAGAGACAGUUUCAAGAAGACUGGCUGCAAACCCCGGGAAGGAUUAAGGCUCGACUCUGGAGAAACAGGCCACAGCCUCUCAGAGUAGCUGUAAAUAGAGGUAGCAAGGCCACUCCCUGACCCCUGUGAGUGUGGGCACCUGUGCAUGCGAUGCUGUGACUCUACAGAGGUGCCAAGUGCCCCUGCUGGGCCAGUCCCAGAGAGUUAAGAGGUCAAGGCCUCCAACUCCUGGUCCUUCCUGUUUAGACCAAUUCUUGUGCCACUGGCAGGAUGAGAGGCAGCAGCCAGGUCGGAGCUGUGUCCAGCAGCACCUGUAGCCCACAGGCUGCUCGACACAUGUAGCUAGAAAACUGGGGAAGGCGGAACCUUUGCUACUGGGAAUCUUGACGUGUGGGGUCUCUCUUUGAGAAUUUGUAAAUGAACAGUCCAAUAUUUUCCUUUGGCUCAAUUUGAGCAUCCAUUUUGGGGGAAAUGUGAUUUCUCUUUCUGUCCCUGUCUCUUUUUUUGCCCAAGGCAUAAUUUCAAGACGUUCUGAGAACAUGCACCCGUGAUUUUUCUCUUGCUCCGUGAUACAAAGCAACUCCUUCCUUCACCUAAGCCCUGUUGUUGAUUUUGAAGUGCUUCCUAGGCCAGUGGUUUUAGUUCCUGCCAGCAUCCUUUUGCCAGUAGAGUAACAAGUUUUUAUUUUUCAAACCCCAUGUUUCCUAACAUGGAAUGUAAGGGUCCAAGAAGAGCCUGCUGUCCUCCCUGCCCUCCACCUUGGAGAGGAGGCUGGGUGCAUAAGCAGUGGCCAGGGCAGGUCACAAAAACCUCCCAGCCUAGAGACCACACCUGAAACAGCUAGGACUGCUGUCCCCUGUGGCAGGCAGAGCUGAUUGGGGCAGGGGUCACAGAGAAGUCAUAGAUAACUACUGUGGACCAGGUGCCCAGAGGGGACACCCAGGGCAGUGAUGUUCCAGAUGUGUCCCCCACCUCAUCCCUGCUGUGAGACUGGAGUUCCAUGGGGACGUGAAGUCAGUACACCCCGGAGCUGCUCAGCUGCUCUGCCUCGUUGACUUUUUAAAAAUGUUGCACAUCAUAUACGUUUUCUUUCAGUUAGCAUUUAUUCCAGUUUUAAGCUUUUUGAUUGUACAUGUAAAAUAUAUGAUUAUAAAUAUUAAAAAAA